GGCGCCGUGCGGAGACAAGAUGGCGGCGCCCGUGGACCUGGAGCUGAAGAAGGCCUUCACCGAGCUGCAAGCCAAGGUGAUAGACACGCAGCAGAAGGUGAAGCUGGCCGACAUCCAGAUCGAGCAGCUGAGCAAGACGAAGAAGCACGCCCAUCUCACUGACACGGAGGUCAUGAUGCUGGUGGACGAGACCCGCAUGUACGAGGGUGUGGGGAGAAUGUUUAUCCUUCAGUCUAAAGGAGUGAUUCAUAAUCAGCUCUUAGAAAAACAGAGAAUAGCCGAAGAGAAAAUUAAGGAAUUAGAGCAGAAGAAGUCGUACCUGGAGCGAAGCGUGAAGGAAGCAGAAGAUAACAUUCGGGAAAUGCUGAUGGCCCGAAGGGCGCAGUAGCUGUGUGGUUCUCUCUGGGCCUCCUGCGACACCCUCUGGGUGGUUUUGGGCAGCUCUGCCUGUACGCUGCUCACUGCUGCCUGG